CUGGAAGAAACUCCAGGUCUCUUGCCAAUUGGAAACCUUGACCGGCACUGAAGCCGAUCUGUUCCGGCUUACGUACCAGCCUUACAUAAUACACCCAGCAUGUUGCUAGCUUACCGGAUUAGCAGUGGUGUAUGCACAAGACGGGACGCCAAGUCUGCUUUGUUGCAUAUCCAGGUACAGGGCCCGAAAAUUUUAGUGGCGGGAACUUCCUUUCCCCGACUUCCAAUUCAGAGGAGCUCCCAAGUCAGUCUGUCCCGCAAGAGCUCCGCUUUACCUCCCCAGUCCGUCAACACCAACCGCGCAAGGGACUCCAUCGACACCCGUCUCGAUCAAUUGAACCGGCAGAUGCCGCUCUAAGCUUGGUGAGUUACUCCGAGAAAGCCACGAUGGUCUGUUUUAUCUGACAACAGCUUCAAUAAAGGGGGAAAAUCCGAUGCUCGCGCAACUCUCCCCGAUCGC